ACAGCGUUGCUAGCUCUUGUUGUGUUGUGUGUAAAAAAUGGAAUUUAUUGUUGUUCUAUCCUAGGAUAAAAGCUGUUAACGUUUUGUUUAUUAUCCUUUUACUUUAUUUAAACAAAAAUGGCAGUUUACGUGACAAAAGCUAUGAUGUCCAAGUUUCAGAAAACAGAAUUUUGGCCUGUAUCAAUGGAAACCGAUGCACAAGCGUCUACCAGUAAUGACCACUGGCACAAAAUUGCUUUCGAGAGUAAAAAAAGUGGCGGCUUAGCAAGAGGACUGAUAUGCAGAGUCUGUGGGAGGAAUGGUGUCAUGCCGUUGACUGAAAGAAUAAAUGGUGUUGAAAUCAUGACUUGCAUUGAAAGGAUUACUAAUGUGACAAUUGACCUUGAAGAUUCACUGCCGAAAUACAUCUGCAAUGAUUGUCUGGAAGUGUUAAGGGCAGCAAUUAAUUUUAAGGAAACUUGUGAAAUAUCAGACAGAAAGUUUAGGAGAAUAUUAAAUCCUAUGGGUGAUCCUGCUCUCCAUUCUUAUCCAUAUUCUAAACAUGACUUCCAUAUGAUACUGAAUCAGAUGAAAGAGAAACGUCAAAGGGCUGAGGAAAAAAGAGAAAAACUACGUAAAAAACAAGAAAGAAUAGAACAAAGAAAAGUGCCUAAAAUAAAGCAGUUCAAAUGCUCUCCAUGCGACAUGACAUUUCCAAACAAGGAGAAGCUAACUCUACACAGACGCGAGCGGCAGUGCAUGCGGCGCGCCUGCGACAUCUGCGGGCAGCUCGUGGUCAGCAUCCCGCAGCACAUGCGCUACAUCCACAAGCAGGUCGUGCAGCACAAGUGCCCCACCUGCGGCAAGGAGUUCCCCGUCAUCGCCCGGCUCAAGAACCACAUGCUGGUGCACACGGACACGUUCAACUUCUUCUGUGACCUGUGCCCGUACAAGUGCAAGCACAAGUACUACCUGGUGAUGCACAUGCGCACGCACACCGGCGAGAAGCCGUACAAGUGCGCGCAGUGCCCCGCCACCUUCGUCAACCCCUCCAACCGGAACAAGCACAAGCUUACGCACCAGGAGAAGCAGUUUAAGUGCGCGCUGUGCGAGAAAGUUUUCCGCACCAACACAGUGUUACGAGAACACCACGAGGCCAUGCACAUGAACAUCAAGCACACCUGCAACUACUGCGGGAGAGACUUCUGCUACAAAUCGGACCUCCGCAAACAUGAGAUCAGAAACCACAACCGCACUAAGCGAGAUUACGUAGGCGGCGAACCGACGUAUAAGCAAGUAGAACGCUUGCAAAAGGUUCAAGAAACUCCAGAAGAUAUGGAAAAAUGGGAUCCGCAGAAGAUGCAAGCGACCGCCAACAGAAAUUGGCGGACAGAAGAGAUCACCGUCACGCAGCUAAUGCAAGGGACAUACAUUGAGCAAACCAAGGAAUUCAUACCGGCGAAUAACUCGCUUUACUUCUCCGAUAUGUCGGGAAUUAUACAGCAGCAACCGCAAAUGGUGCAACAACAAACGGUGCAGUUGACGCUGCCGGAAUUGGGGAUGAAGAAGGAUGAAGUCAAAAUAUACGAAACUCAGCAAGGAAUUGGAUAUUUCUAAAC